CACUUCACAUGGGGUGUGAAAAUGAUCAACCUGUUUCCAUGAAAUGAGAAAUGAUAUUUCUAUUGAUGCUUACUCGCUUCCAUUCCCCCGGGCGCACGAGGUGCAUUCCCCUCCGGGCUGAAACACUUCCAUGACAACUGGAUAACCAGUUGUCAGCACCCGAUGGACUACACGUCUUGGCAAUUGGCACGUAGCACUUGGCACUCUUUACUCGUUCUCAGUGUUCUGAUGAAUUCAUAUUUUUUCCCAAAGUUCUCUUCUAGCUUUUACGGCGGGAAUCGGUGAGAAAGUUCGCCUGAACCACUAAUCGCUUAAAGGUGAUGCAAAAGAUGAAAAGAAAAUUAUUUCCUCUCUUGUUUUUUAUUUUAAUUUCCUUUUUUUUCCUUUGAUUUGUAUCCAUUUCGAUCUUCAAGUUACCGUAUCCUUAAAAAGCUCGUCUUUCUGAGAAGGUGAUACGAAGGGUUUUGAUCGGUUUUCAAGAGCAUCUGAGCUUACUCAAAGAUGGGUUACAUUGGGUCUCAUGGCGUGGCUGCUCUGCAUAGGUACAAGUACAGCGGCGUCGAUCAUUCCUACCUUGCCAAAUAUGUUCUGCAGCCAUUUUGGAGUCGCUGCGUGAAUCUCUUUCCCCUUUGGAUGGCGCCAAACAUGAUAACACUCAUAGGUUUUAUGUUCUUACUCCUAUCUACACUGCUUGGCUAUGUAUAUUCACCUCAUCUGGAUUCACCUCCCCCAAGAUGGGUUCAUUUAGCACAUGGAUUGCUGCUUUUCUUAUAUCAGACAUUUGAUGCUGUUGAUGGGAAGCAAGCAAGACGUACAAAUUCUUCCAGUCCAUUGGGGGAGCUGUUUGAUCAUGGAUGUGAUGCACUUGCAUGUGCGUUUGAAGCCUUGGCUUUUGGGAGCACUGCUAUGUGCGGAAGUGACACUUUCUGGUUCUGGGUUAUUUCAGCCAUCCCAUUUUAUUGUGCAACAUGGGAACACUUCUUUACCAACACACUUAUUCUUCCCGCAAUAAAUGGACCUACAGAAGGUCUCAUGCUGAUUUACAUGAGCCAUUUUUUCACAUCUAUUGUUGGUGCUGAAUGGUGGGUCCAACCGUUUGGGAAAUCUAUGCCAUUCUUCAGUUGGUUACCAUUUGUUUAUGAUAUCCCUACAUACAGGGUUGUAUUAUAUGCAAUGGUGGCUUUUUCUGUUAUACCAACAGUAGCAUUCAACAUAUACAAUGUCUAUAAGGUUGUGAAAGCAAGAAGAGGAAGCAUGCUUCAGGCAUUAGCAAUGCUUUACCCUUUCGCAAUGCUCCUUGGAGGAGUUCUAGUAUGGGAUUAUCUGUCACCUUCUGGUAUUAUAGGGAACUAUCCACAUCUAGUUGUGGUGGGAACUGGACUUGCAUUUGGCUUUCUUGUGGGAAGAAUGAUUCUUUCUCACUUGUGCGAUGAACCCAAGGGCUUAAAAACUGGAAUGUGCAUGGCACUGUUGUAUCUUCCGCUUGCCAUUGCGAACGCGCUCACUGCCAGGCUCAAUGAUGGAGUUCCUAUAGUUGACGAGAGCUGGGUGGUUCUUGGUUACUGUAUGUUCACAGCGACACUCUACCUGCACUUUGCCACAUCUGUCAUUCAUGAUAUCACCUCAGCUCUAGGAAUCUACUGUUUCAGGAUAACAAGGAAAGAAGCUUAAAAGCAGUCUAUAUGUCUCCCUGGGGCAUUGUAUAUGCAAAUAUGCAUGUACCAAAUAGAUGGCGUUUUUUAUCUGACAAAAUCCGGAAAAGGCUUCUAUUUCUGCUCGUAUUACAGUCGGCGGUUUGGGUUAUGGUCCUCUAAUGAUAUGCAUCUUCGCAUUUCUGCAACAAAAGUGGGAUGCCUUAGAUUGACAACCGGAGAUAUAUUUUUGGGUGUUUCUGGUGCAUGUUUCCAUCUGGGGAUCAAUCCCAUUAUCAUCAGAGUGGUUGAUGGUGGAAUUUUGAUAUAAUCGAAUGCAUGAGUUAUAGUUCACUAAAUCUUGCUGUUGCAACGGAUUGAGAUCUUUUUCCCCAAUGUAUUAAGUCAACUGAACUGAGGCUAAUUAAUGUUCCUGAUAUUAAGAUUUUGUUGCCACUCCUUUCUCUUUUUAAUUUAAAGAGAAAGUACUUUGAAUAGAGGACAGUAGUCUACA